AUUUUUGUCAGGGAAGGUGCCGGACGAAAGGCGGAGGAUGAAAUGAGCCGUGUCCCGGGACACAUGGAGAGCGGUCGGACGUCACAGUGGGGGCGGCCCGAUGCCGUCGCCUGGUUCACAGGGUCCCAGCUCCCGUUCGUCAUCAGGAACGGCGUCGUCCCGGAAUGGUUCCACGGCAUCAUUUCCCGGAAGGAGGCGGAGGACCUGCUAAUGUCAAAGCCUCCCGGCUACUUCCUCAUCCGAGUCGGCGAGAGCAGGAUCGGCUACUCCCUCUCUUACCGUGCAGAGGACCGCUGCCGGCACUUCAUGAUCGACGCCUUGCAGGACGGCCGUUACAACAUAGUAGGGGAGAGCCGGCAUCACCGUUGUCUGCAGGACAUGGUGGACUUUCACAGACGGACCCCCAUCAGGCCCUUCAGCGAGGUGCUGACUGUCCCCUGUGGACAGGUGACGGAAACGAAGACGGACUACGCGGAGUUGAUCUUCCCCCUAAAAAGUCCGAACCACGGCAACUCGCUGUAUUCCAGCGUAUGUCGCCCAUCACCCCGAGAAGGAAUCCCACCUGCCCUUUCUUCUGAAACAUAUGACUCUACAGUCUGGCUUCCGGAUAGGCUUUACCCCAAGUUGGAAGAAGAGGUCCCACGCGAUGCGAUCCCUCUUCCAGCCCAGCCCGUGACCGGAAUGAGAUGCACGGCCGACGACCCUCCACCCAGGCAGCCUCCUCCGCUCCCCGCUCGGACCUCCCGGCCUCCAGCGAAUCGAGACCCCGCGGCCGCUCGGAACCCCCUCGGCGGCGACGCCCCGCCCGCAAAGAACCAGGAGGCGAGGGCCUCGGUUGUCUCCAACCUGAAGAACCUCAAGAAGAAGUUCCUGAAGAAGAAAAGCCCGUCGCAGGAGUGCGCCGAGGUGACUGAGAGGGGUGGACCGGCCGGGAAUGAGUACGAGUGUAUCGCCGAGCCGCAGACCUUCGAUGCCCUGAGAGUGACUGAUGGAGAGUUACCUUACGAAUACCUUCCACCUCCACCUUUUGCGCCGGGCUUUUGAUGCACCGCCCUACAAAACACAACGUACAGACGGAGCGAAUGCUCAAAAGUGCGGGCAGGACAAAAGCAUCAUGCAGGAUAAAAGAGGAGCUUGAAUCGGUUGUCACACAACAACAACAAAAACCCCAUCUUAAACGAUAAUCAAAAAGGAUCUUAAAGGUUAAACUGCUGUCUUUGUGUGACUAUAAAUUACACUGUGGAAUGUUUUAUCUUCUAUUUAUUUUCUAGUUCAUUUUAGACAACAAAUGAACAUUGUUGCAAAAGGAGAAGUAAUGCAAAGCUUAAAUGUUUGAAAAGGUAGCUGUAGGAUGUAAAUUUAGAAAUGACAUGGUUUAUGUGAGCCGCUUUGAAUACAGGGAGCUUAUUAUUAGCUGCAGAUGUGUUAUCUCCAACGUGACUGCAGUUCAACCGCAAAUGGUUGAACUUGUAUCUCAGAAGCAAACCGAUGAGUUUACCUUCACAUGACCUCUAAACAUAUUUCAUUACUGCAAGUGGCUUUGUCAGACUGAUCUCAUUUACUUAAACGACCAGUUUUUAAAUAACUUUUGUAUAAUCUUUUAUGGCUGUCCUGCAGUCUCUUUUUUCAUGGCAUGUAAUAAAUAUCUUUCUGGCGUCAGGGUGAAACAAGAAGCUUAUGAUUUUAACGAUGACGAAUCAGAGACCCAACAUUUUAUUCACCCAUUCUGGGCAUGUACUUUUUUUUUGUUCUCUUCUUUUUUCUGUAGUUCCCUUCUCACGACUGUAAUUGCACGUCAUGUCUUCAUGUACCUGUCCCAUGGUCCCAUGGACUCACGGCAGUCCAUUUCUAAUUAUGUGUGUGUCAUUUUACUAUAAAUGUAGUAUUGUAAGGAUGCUAUGACUUUGUUGUUGUUUUCAAUAAGGGGAUCAAUUGUUGAUUCAGGCAGGUUUGAUAUUUUUAAUAAUAGAAGAGGUUGUCAUACAAAACCAAUAGAAAAAAACUUGUGUCAUUAUAGACCACCAACUAGUGGAAGUUGGUACUCAAAUAGACAUUCAUUUUACAAAGUAAAGGUUUACCAUUCCAACUCCACUCCUAAAUGUUACAUGGUAUGAACAUUUGUUUUGUUUUUAAAAUGAGUAUAUACGAGUACAAUAUGAUAAACUGUGGAUGGUGAUGGAAAUGUAUGUAUGAAAUAUGGAGAGCCAAAGCAGAGAGGCUGUGGGACCACUGAAGGUAAACUGUUGAAGUAAAGAUUAUUAGCUAAUGAAAACGUUGUUGGUUAAUGUAAAAAAUAAAGCAAGUAAAAAUCCAAAUCUGUCCAACGAGUGU